UCUCUGAACAUAGGGGCACACCCAGAGCCAUUAUCUCUGUGUCUUGGGAGCCCCACAAAAAGACUUUCCAGACAAGAUGCUCUAGAAGAGGAAAUAACAGCAGACAAAGAUAAAGAUCUACUAGAGGAAGAGUCUUGCCUUGAAGCCUUGCCUGCCAUUGAAGAAAAAGGAGGAGAACAAAGUGAUGAACAGAUUCCCCUUUCACCCUUUGGCAUAAGAAUCAAGACAAGGAAUAGAAAUCUGGAAGACAGGCCAAUCAGACCAGGAAUUGGUAGAAGACAGAAGACUUUUGAGGAAUUUGUUGAAGAACAAUUGAAAGUAGACUCUCAAAUAGUAGAAAAACAUCAGCAGCAGCAGCAGAAUUUCUGCAAGGGUAAAAUAUCCCCUCGAAAAUCUUUCCUGAAACGUGGAGAAGGCAUUGCAAGGCAUGAAAAAAGAAGAGCAAGCUUUGGAAAAGAAAAAACCAGGCAUUCCAGAAGAGUUAAUUUUGACUGCCAGAAUCACUUCUCUUGGCCUGGCCGUCAAACUUGGAAAUUACAUAUGGGGAAAGGCUCUUGUUUAAAUCGGCGGGCCAGUAGCCCCAUGAUGUUGGGUACAACUGAGAAAAAUACAACCAGUGCUAUGUCUGCAAGUAAAAUAAAGGAUAUUGGUGACUGUAAGGCAGGUGAUCCUGAGGAAAGGCCAGAAGAAAGAGAAGGAGGUGAGGGAGAAGAGAGUAUAAAGGGGGAGCCUGCUGUAUCACCACAGAUGAACUGGCCUGAGCUCAUACAGCAGUGUCAUGAGCAAAUAAGUGGAAUGAACCUCCAAGUAGGUGAGAGGAAUGAAACUCAGUGUACUGAUUCUCUGUCACACCUUUAUGAAAUGGAUAAAAGAUCCAUGGAGCCUAAAGUCCCAAAGCAGUUAGAUCUUGUGGAUCAGUCUGGGAAGGGCAACAUGGCAGAGGCAGCAGAAAAACCUUUGGAAGCCCUUCAAGAAGAUUCUGUGUUUCAGAACUUAGAAGAAGCAAACCAAGCAAAGCAUGUGGAUUGGAGCAUAGGUCUGCAAUUCACGUCCUGCAUGAAAGAGGCUCCCAGCUGCCAAAAUAAGUUCUGUAUUGUGAACCCAAACUCAGAGAGCAAGAGAGGAACCAGCACUGGAUUUAAGUUGGUCAAUGACAGAAUAGUGAAAGUUUCCCAUAUAUCAGCUCAGCACAUGGACAGGGAAAAGGGUGACAUAUCUAUUUGUCAUCAUCAUGUGUGUCAAAGCAGUGGAAAUGCUCCCUGCCAGUGGAAUGCCUUAGCUGUGGCCAGUGAGUCAAGCCACACAUCAACUGACAGUGAGGAUGAUCCCAAAUCACACUGCAGUCAGUAUCCCACACAGGCUGCACCUCAGAAAAUAGGUCGGACUGACAGACAUUUGGAUCUCUCUGAUGCUGAUUAUGCUAGCGAUGAUCCCAGUGGAGCAGAAAAGAUGGCCCUGAAAAAGCACAGGAAGUCUCAGCCUAAGAAACGGGGGCUUGCAGAGCUUUCAAAUCAGCAGGAUUCUUCACUAAGCACAAGCAGCAGUGAAUCUAGUAAUGGAGUUGCCAGGCUGAAAGGGAGUAAGCCUUGCUCCUCUCUUCAAAACUGUCCUUUUCAUCCCCCAGGAUCCAUGAGAGGCCAACAACAGCUUGAAGCAAAGAGUGAGAGUUGUGCUGGGGACAUUAAAACUGUAGAUCUGCACUCACUACCCUCAAUGGGAAAUCUUGUAACUACUCUCUUCCCUACUUUCAAGAGUAAAGACACCCUUGCUGAAAAAAAGGGACAUAGAAAACUGUUUAUGGGGACACUAGAAGACACUCAGAAAAGACUGACUGGCAAAUUUUUGGAAUCGGAGAGGGAGGUUGGUGUGUUUCUUGGAGAAACCCCUCCACUAGCUGGGAUGAAAGAAGAGCAGGAGAAAGCAAUGCAUUUUCUCAGAACACAAAUGGAUCAGUUUGAGACCAUCAAGGUUCAAGAGCUGAACCAUGCAGAAUACAAGAGAAGUCAAAUUCCUGUGCUGCAGAAAGAAAAUGUUGAAUCUGAUAAGUUCUUGGUAACAACUAGAAUCACUGGAGAGAACGGGAACUCAGAAGAAAUACGAAUAUUAAAGCAACAGAUUGCAGGGCUCCAGGAGGAAUUCAGAAGAAAUGAGUCCCACUGGCAUGCUGCCCAUGGCCAGCUGAAGAGUCAGAUUGAGAUGCUGACCAAACAGAACCUGGAGCUUCGAGGUGAGCUCCGAGUUUCAAAGCAUCAAAGGCUAGAAGCAGAAAAAAAAUCCAGAGUUGUGGAUUUCAGAAGCAGAACAUCAGAAACCCCGGUGUCAGAAGCUAUUCUGACAGGAUUGUCAUCCCUGGCUAAACUGGAAGAAAGCCCAUUGAGAGGCAGCCAUAAAGGUCGAAGCUCCACUCCCAUGGGCAGGAGAACACCAUUGGAGAAACAGCAUCCCAGAGAUGCAAAUAUCAAAGCAGCAAAAAGUGCACUGGAAAAGACUGAGUCUUUAAAAUCAGUAACAAGGGAACAGAGAGAGAUAUCAUCUGAUCACCUCCAUAGCAGAAGUGCAACACCCGCUGGUAGGAGAACACCCCAUGCAGGAAGAUUAACACCAUUUGAGCCUGAUAAGGUCACACAUCGACCCUCUUAUACUGAACCAAGAGCUUAUGGAUGGAAGUCACUUGUGCCAGUCUCCCACCCAAAUGUGUUUAAGGACAUUAACUCAUCGUCUUACGUAAAAGACAGGUAUUCAUCUAACUCAGGUAGUUCGGAGGACAUGCCUGUCUUGCACAGCCAGAAUGACAACAUAUGUAGCUCAGCUUCCUGCAGUAACAACGAGGAAGCACAGGAGAAAGAGAAUCUUAGCUUUAAAAAGGCUCAAAAAUCCCUGAAACCUUUGACUAAAACUACCUCCUUGACUGCCUCCAGAAAAAAUGGCAUAACUUCAAGUACCAGCACAGCACCUACAGGAGGUUCUCAAAACUUUCUGGAUGCUGAAGCAAAGAAUUUGCUGCCAAAGUCAUCGUUAUCAAGAAGGCAAUCACUGUAUGAAGAAAGAAAGAAGAAUGAUAAGGAGGUGCGAGAAAAAAUAGAGUAUCCAGAUGGAAAGGUUGAAGAGGUACUUAUUGAUGGCCGUAGAGUCAUUACUUUUCGCAAUGGUACCAAGAAAGAGAUCAGCGCUGAUAAAAGGAUGACUGUGGUUAGCUUUUUCAAUGGAGAUGUGAAGAAGAUCAUGCCAGACCAGAGAGUGACUUAUUUCUAUGCAGAUGCGCAGACAACCCACACCACUUAUCCAACUGGCUUGGAGGUGCUGCAGUUCCCUAAUAAUCAAAUAGAAAAACACCAUCCUGAUGGCACCAAAGAAAUUGUGUUCCCUGAUCAAACAGUGAAACGUCUCUGUAAUGAUGGACUGGAGGAAACAGUUUUUGCAGAUGGUACUUUAGUAAAAGUAGAAAAAAAUGGAGAUAAAGUGGUGAUAUUCAGUAAUGGACAGAAGGAGAUUCAUACUGCACAGUUCAAGAGGAGGGAGUACCUUGAUGGCACAAUAAAAACUGUGUACUCCAAUGGACGACAGGAGACAAAGUAUUCCUCUGGACGGGUUCGAAUCAAAGAUGAAGAAGGCAAUAUCAUCCUUGAUAAGAAGUGAUUCAUCUCCCUGAUGUGCCAGGUUAUAUGUAGGUGGUCUGUCCAGGCUAGUUUGAUAUCUUUAUCCCUCGGAAGCGCACAACUGUUACAUGAUUCUUUCUUUGUCUCCUUACCUGUUUUUCUGUUCCCUGAAAUAACUAGAACCUGGCCUUGGAAUAUUUAAGUUCUUGCUUUUCCAAAUGAACAUGCUGGGUUGAAUUUUAUUUAUGCUCAGUGGGUGUGUCUACACAAGACACUUACUGCACAUUAGUGUAAUAACAAUGUGCAGUAGUGUGUCACAA